GCCAGCGUGUCCUGUUGUGGUCACCGAGACCACAGUCACAGCUUUCCGGCGAGUGCUGCAAAAUAUAUGUGUCCUAUACGCUGACAUUCUGUUAUAUCUUGUAAUAGAGGCCCUUUUCGUGCCCUAUCUGUCACAAUCAACAUCCACUAUCGCACGGCUUAACAGCAUUGAUCGCAACGGAGAUGGAUCGGAGGACGUCCUCGACGCUAGUACACACACCUUUCCCGCUUUUUAUCUUCAUCACAACUCGCAAAUACAAGACGCUGUCGCUCAAACGCCGGCGGUUCAGUCUCGCAAAUAUGUAUGGCUUGGCUCCUUUGUCAUGCUUCUCAGCCGGAUAGCAUAUGGGCUCUUCAAGCAUGUGUAUCUUCUACAUCUGCCACCUUCAUAUUAUGCUUCCUGGCUAUCCGACAUACGAGGCUUCUACCUCUCUCUUCCAGAAGACUCCUCGCAAUCGGUACACCAUGACCGCCAUCACGCCGAGAAUCCCCUGCACCCGCUUGUGUCACAAUGGAAGGCAAUGUCAGGUAUCAGCUGCGUUGUCCUCACAAGUGUCGUUGCUGUCUUGCAGAUUGCGAAUACGUCAAGUAACCCCCUCAUCUCAACCCUUGGUAUCACAAUUUUCGCCGCCGCCUUCACCAGCGUCUUCUUUUGCGCUUCCUACACCUUUCUCGCCUUCCGUAUCAUCAAGCGGUCCCACAUACGGUCAUGGAUAGACGAUAUUCAAUCUCCCUCGGCCAGCAAAUGGGAAGAUCCCGCUCUCUUGCUCGCGGCUCCUGCGGCGUGGCUGAUAUGGUCGUGUAUCCUGCUGUAUCCUUUCCUUCUCUCGUUCACAUGGUCGAAUCAACUCGAUCCAGGUGGCACCAUUAGUAUGCGUAUUCUGUGCACGAUGGUCAUUCUCUCUGGCGCGAUUCACCUCUGGUUGGCGGUCCCAAUGUUCAAGAAGCUCGGAGCGACUGCAACACCGGCAGCUGAGGACGACCAGGAGAUAAAUAGAUACGGCGUGCAUCACCGCACUGCCCAGUAA